GCGAGAGCAGCGGCACCGGCCGGGCUCUGCCGCCGGGCGGCGCGGCCAUGGAGCCGGGCCUGGAGGAGUUGAUGCCGCGGCUGCUGCCCGUGGGCGACUGUGACCUGGCCGAGGACUUCGACCCCACCGUGCCACCCAGGACGCCCCAGGAGUAUCUGAAGCGCGUCCAGAUCGAAGCAGCUCGAUGUCCUGCCGUGGUCGUGGCACAAAUAGAUCCCAGAAAAUUGAAAAAGAAGCCAACAGUAAACAUUUCAAUUUCUGGAUGUCAGCCUGCUCCUGAGGGAUACUCUCCAACACUCAAGUGGCAGCAGCAGCAAGUGGCAAAUUUCUCAGCUGUUCGUCAGAGCCUGAACAAGCACAGGAAUCACUGGCAGUCACAACAUUUGGACAGCAAUGUUACUAUGCCAAAGUCUGAGGAUGAAGAAGGCUGGAAGAAGUUCUGCCUUGGUGAAAGAGUAUACUCAGAAAUAGAUGCACUAUCUGAUAAUGAAAAUUUAGGAAUUGAUUACACAAAGGUGGGCUUUCCCCCUUUGCUAAGUAUUGUAAGCAGGAUGAAUCAGGCAACAGUAACCAGUGUCUUAGAAUACCUGAUAAGCUGGUUUGGAGAGAAAAAAUUUACUCCAGAACUGGGUAGAUGGCUUUAUGCACUGCUGGCAUGCCUUGAAAAACCUUUGCUACCUGAAGCUCACUCCCUUAUUCGACAGCUGGCAAGACGAUGUUCAGAAGUCAGGGCACUGGAGGAGAGCAAGAAUGAAGAACAAAUAUCAGCUCUGAACUUGAUAAUCUGCCUAGUUAGCAGGUACUUCAAUCAACGUGACCUGGCUGACGAGCCUUCCUAGGGUGUUGUGGGAGCAUGCAGUAUUUUGUAUUGCCACAGUACAAACAGCACUAUCAGAGUUAACAGUGAGACACUGCACGGUUCAGACCCGAAGUAUUACACAAUCCCUUCACAACACCCUCACACUAAGGCAUUUGGGACAACUGUGAAUAAGUUCAGCUGAAUUUUAGCUGAGAUUGACAUGUCUCCAAUACCAUUAUCACCAUCAUCAUAAAGUGGUAACUGAAGUGUUCAGCAUCAUCUCUCAAGCUCCUGUCUUUGUAAACUACAUGCCUGGUUAGAAAUUUCUACAAUCUGAGUAAUCUACGGACACUGCUAUGUGAAGUCUGAGGUUAUAAUACAAAUUAUUAUUCUUUUUCUAACAGACUUAUUGAGGACUUUUUUAAUAAAACUAAAUAAUUUUAAAGACUGUUCUUAAACACUGUGGGUUUUCUCAUUCCGUAUCAUUUAACAGCAGCCUUACUAUAGAAAUCUACAGAGUUAAGGCUGACUGUGUUUUUUCAAGUUUUGGUGCCUGAGCUCUAGCACUGUUUAGCAGUUCAACUAUAGUCAGCAUGUUACUGAAACAAUUGCUUCAGUAAAAUGUAAACAUUACUGUUUCUUGAGUAGUACAUUACAAAAGUAAACCAUAGCUAGCAAUUAAAAACAAUUACAUUGAGUUUAUGCACAACAAGGUGGAAUAAAUUUCCUUCUUUGGCCAGUAUAGACGACCCUAGGCAUAAAUCAUUCUGACACAAGGAACAGCUGCUAAUUUUAGGGACAGGAGAAAAUGCUAAACUAUGUAAAAACAAGUUUUCUUCUACUGCUCCAAACAACAUUCCUACAAAUGUCUCUACCUAACAUCUUUAAUGAUGUGUGAGCUGUUUGCUCACGUGCUAAUGGGCUCCAUCGAAGAAAUACAAAAGCAAUCACUGUCCCCCAGUUCAGAGUGAAUGGGGAAGGGUAGCACUUAGGCAUUCUAGUUUCUUACUCAAAUUUAGUCUUGGUCAGGAUUUCUCUCUGCUCUCAAACUCUGCCUCUGGUCUUCCAGGCUCUUUUGGCAACUGAUAUAUUUUGCUGAAUAUGUGAAGUACACAGUUUUUUACCAUAUGGAUAUUAUUACUUUGGUGUAGAAUAAAUUUCAUACCAAGACACAA